AUCGCUUCAAUAUCGCCCAUCUUCGGCAGUCAAAACGACGCUUUCUUGCUUUUGUGAAGUUGAGAAGAUUUCUCUGUGAAUUAUUUGGCAAAUAUUUAGUGCAAUAGCACUUGAAAUUCACCGAAAAAUAGAAAAAACUAUUCCUUAGUGCAUGGUAUUUGGAUUGUGUGUGAAAAGUGUUAAAGAUCAGAGUGAAAAUCAAGUUUUCUUGGUGUUUUUGUUUAUGCUUGGUGUUUCCCUAACAAAAAGACGCAACACACAUUUCUGCCCAAAAUUGCGAUAAUUUCCGCAAAAUAGAACUCAAAAGGGGCUCCACUUGCUGCAAGUGAGGGCAUCUUUAUGGUUUCAUAGUGGUUUAUCCAGAGGAACGCGUGAAUUUCCACAAAAACGCAAUGGAAAUUUGCACAGAAAGCAGUGGAGUGGACACAUCACCUGACAUGAAUUCCAGUGCAGAUUUGUCACCGGAUCGAAUGCCUCAGCCAAGGAAGCUCUUCUUCGGCAGUUCCCCUGAGACAGGAACUGACAUUCUGGCUGAUAUUUCGCAAUCAAAUAUGAUUCUCAGUCCCAAGAAGAUCGUCUCGAUGUCACCACCUUAUCGCAAAGUUCGAGCCCUAAGGCUUUUUGAUACCCCAGCAACACCCAAAACCAUCCUCAAGAAGCUCAGUGGGAGCGAAGUGAGGAACAUGCGUAAGGAUACGGAUGCUUCGCAUGUAGAGGUUGACUUUAUGGAUGUCCUGGCGAGACCCAUUGAUCACUCCUCAACUCCCCUUCCUGGUAGUGAACUGGUGAAGCCACGUGUAAUGCCACUGCAUAUGCACAAUAUGAGUUUUGACCAGAAGCGUCCGAGUGCCAAUAUCAAUCCCUUUACGCCCGAUGGAAUGCUCAUGAAGACGAAGAAGCGAACACGCCUGGAGCUGUCUGAGAAUCACAAUCAAUCCCUGGGCGGUUCAGUGUGUUGGGGGGACGGGCGCCUCUCGGACGAUGAGAGCUAUGAGAUGCGCCAGGCGCCCAAGAGACUUGCUCUCCAGGACACCAAUAUCAGUCGAUACGAGAGGGAAUUUGUGCAGCUGACGCUGAUCGGAGCUGGAGAGUUUGGGCAUGUUUUCAAGUGCCUCAAUCGACUCGAUGGAUGCAUCUAUGCCAUCAAGAAGAGCAAGAAACCAAUUGCCGGAAGUGCCUGCGAACGGAUCGCGCUAAAUGAAGUCUGGGCCCAUGCUGUGCUGGGAAAACAUGACAAUGUGGUGCGAUAUUAUUCAGCCUGGGCUGAAAAUAAUCACAUGCUUAUUCAGAAUGAAUACUGCAAUGGAGGAAGUCUUCAGUCGCUUCUACAAACGAGACAUCUCAAUGAAUCCGAACUCAGAAUACUUCUCAUUCAUAUUACAGAGGGACUGAGAUAUAUCCAUUCAAAUGAUUUGGUUCAUAUGGAUCUCAAAGCUGGAAAUAUUUUUCUGACUAAAGCUCCUCAAAGGUUAACCGCAGUCGAAAAUCCAGACGAUGGCUUUGAGGAUAUCUUCGAUGAUACCGAACGCGAUGUGAUAACGUACAAGAUUGGUGAUUUGGGUCAUGUAACGUCUGUGCUGGAUCCUCAAGUAGAGGAGGGUGAUUGUCGAUAUUUGCCAGCAGAGAUACUCCGCGAUGAUUUUACCAAUCUGCCAAAAGCUGACAUCUUCUCGCUUGGAAUUACUCUCUAUGAAGCUGGAGGUGGUGGUCCUCUGCCUAAGAAUGGUCCUGAAUGGCAUCGGCUGAGAGAUGGGAAUAUUCCAGAAUUACCUGGAUUGAGCAGUGAAUUCAACAAUCUUAUUAAACUAAUGACACAUCCAGAUCCCAAACAGCGACCAUCGCCCAAUUCCAUCUUCAAUCAUCCGCUCCUCUGUCUGACGGAUACAAAAUCAAAGGCACAGCUUUCCUUGGAAUUGUCAAUGGAGCGACAGAAAAAUGAGCUUCUCAUGAAGGAAUUGAAAGAGACCAAGAGAAUUCUUAAAUCUUACGAGAUCUCCAAAACUCCAAAUACAAUUUCCGUUCUUCCAGUAACAAAACGGGUCAGGAAUAGCUCUUCACCCUUCAAAUGUGAUAGACAAUUGCGGUCUUACUCGAAAAAUAAGAGGUCAACUGUGAGAAAAAGUGCCCGGAAUUUUCGUGAUCGAAACAAGAAUAUUAUUGACUUCUAAGUGUGAAAAAAAGAGAAAUGAAUAGAAUAGAAAGAGGAGAAGUUUUGUUAAGAAAUAGGAUCAUGAAAUUCUAAAAGAAGAAAAAAAAAGCCCUCCUCAAGAGCAAAAGGGGAGCGCCUUACAUCAUACUUUCUUAAAACGUAAGUUUAUACAUUGAGAGAAGAAAGAGAGAAAGACGUUUUUGGUUAAUUUUUUCUUUUCUGAUGAUUCUCAAAGAUGAAAAAAUCAUUGAUUAAAAUUUUUGUUAUUGAGCCAUUUCUGUCAAGAAAAAAGAACAAUUUGAAAAAAUAGAAAAAUUACCAAGAACGUUGUGCUUUCAGGAAAAAAAGGAAUUUGAUCCAAAUUUUUUGCUAAUCAGUGAGUUUGUAGCCAAAAAAAAUUGUGUAAAUCAUUUGAUAUUAAGUUUUGCUUCUUCAUCUUUCAAUUUUAACAAAAUGUAUUAAUCUCUAAAAAAAAAGAAAGAAAAUCAACUGAAAAUAUUUUUGGGGGGGAAAAGAGGAUUUUUAAAUUAAUUCAUGCGAAUUGUGUGAUUACCUUUAAGACAAAUUACCUCUCUGAAAUGCCAAGAAAAACUAUAAAGAAGAAAAAAAAAACAAAAUCAAGUAUCCAAAAUUCUUUUAAUUUUUAUCUCGCUUUUUAAUGCUGCAUUUUCUUUUCGUUCUUUUUUAUUUGGAAAAAAGGAAUUUUCACAGUUCUUUUUUUUAUUAUGUUUGAAAUUUGCUUCUCUACCACUUGAAAGUGUAUAAAGAGAGAAGACAAACUAAUCCCUUGUCCUUCAGUAAGAAGAUAAGGGAUUAAAUAAUGUUAAGAUUGAAAAAAGAAAACAAACCAUUGUGGUAUCAAUUACUGCAUUAUUUUAUUUGUGAUGGCGAUUACUAAUUUUUGUAAUGUAAUCAACUUUUUUUUAAUAAGGUUUAUUUUAAGGAUUUUUUCAGUCAUUUUAGUGAACUAACACUCAAGAUGAAUGUUCUUGGUAUAUACGAAUUGAAAAAUUUUCUUUUUAAUAUUUUUUUUUGGAAUCUCUCAAGCUGCUAAAAUGAAAAAAAAAUAUUGAGAAUGUUUGAAGAGAGAUGAAUGCAAAAAAAAAAGAUUUCUGUUGCAAGAAGUUGAAUUUGAAUGAGAAAUGUUAAAAUUCAUGAGGAAACAUAUUUUAUUUACCUUCUAAUUUUAAAAUAAGAAUGUACUGUAUUAAAUAAAAUGUGGUCGAAAA